AUAAGUUUAUUAUUUCUAGGGCUGACCAAUCCAUUAUAGCUUUCAUUUUCUUCUACAGUUCGACCCAUUUUCCCAUAAGUUAUGAAAUUUCUUAAGUUUUAUAAGACCUUGACUAACACAUAGUUGCAUUCAUGGCACCUUUCGUUUUUUACUGCAUUGAUUAUGCUAUAGUAACAGCUUAUAUACAAUUAUGAUACCCUUAUAGAGUCCAUGCCGCUGCUUAAAUAUGAGACCUAAAUUUUAUAAUUUUUGCCAUGUCUCACAGCUCCCAAAUUAACCCAACACAGGGUUUUCUAUGGUUGUUGCUUGUACUGAUACUGGUUGAAAUGUUAUCUGUGUGGACUUUCAUUUAGCCAAAUCUCUAAGCUUUAUUGUUUAUGUUCUAAAAAUUUUUUGGGGGUCUUCCUUGUCAUUAUUAACUGAAGGUGCUUCAUGUGAAGAAGACUGUAGAUGGGAUUUGAUUUUUUCUGAAAUAUGAUUAAGCCAUUAAUUUAUUUAGGAGUGGUAGGAAAAUGGCUUUUUGAGGUCAUCACCAAACCAUGUAUUUCACCAGUUCAGGUGAACCUUCCACUUGGGCCCAAAGCCAAACUGGUCAUAAUUCUGGACUUCAGCUUUUUCUUUAAUGGAUUGUUCGUAAAGUGUUGAUGUAAAAAAUGAGUGCUUAUAGCAUGUCGCUAACAUGUGCAUCUUUAAUGGAGGUGCCAGGAGGCUUUUGUCAACGGAAACUUGUUUGAUUAUAAAGAACCAAAUUUAAAUAUCAUUAUGCCUCUCAAAAUUUACGUGAUACAUGACUUUAUCAUCUUCACUACUGUUGAAUAAUCUUGAUAUUUUCUUCUCUUCUGGCGUAGGAGCCGAUACCGAAACACCGAUUUUGGCGAGAUUUAAAAUCCCACUACGAUGAAUUCAAUUGUCAAGUUCACCAUUUAGGUUGGCAAGACUUAAGAUACAAAGAUAAAUCGAGAAAAUCUACUCUCAAGAAACUCAACAGAGGAGAAUUAUAAACUGAAAUUUUUGGAUUGAAACUCAUGUACAAUGGUGAGAACGCUAUUUAUAGGCAAAAUCUAACGAAGGCAAUAAAUAAAAAGUGAAAAUGCAGUUGGGAGUUAGCUAUCUUUGUGGAAUUUAGUGGUUAUUUUUGUUGACUUGUGGCUAUGUUGACAAAGUUGCAUCGACCUAGUGGUGCUGCAGAGUAGCUUUUGCAUGCUUCUUAUUUUUUCCUGGUGCAUUCUCCCUUGGUUGGAGAAAACUCGUCCUCGAGUUUGAGUUCAAUGCACAUGAUUCUCAUAGUAAGGAGAUAAGUCAACAACAUUAAAAGUAGCAGAGACUCCAUAGUCGCUUGGAAGUCUGGUCUUGUAGGCACAACCAUGUUAGAAUCCUUGCUUCGUUGAGUUCGCGGUAAUCCAUGAGGAGUCUCAUCAGGAGCAACAUUAGAAAAUUCUUCAAUGAGAGAUCGAAUAUCUUUUGGAAAAGAGGAAGUGGCAUCAUUCACUUUAGAUAAUAAUAAGAAACAAGUUGUCCUUGAUUCUUGAUGCAACUUCUGAAAGGUUGAUCUGGAGAUUAAAGCCUUGUCCUUAUCCUUAUUUUCAAGUGUCUCUUCAGGCUUCAGGGGAAUAAGCUUGACCUUCACAC